AUGGAGAAGGCUUGGAGGGACGAACAGGAUAACCGUGAGAAAGAUAUGAAAAAGAAGAUGGAGGAGUUACAGGAGAGAUCUAAUAGGUCCGCAAAGAAUGCUACAAGUCUAAGAUAUGGUGACUUGUGCAUACAUCUGGUUUUGGACUUACCAGAAGGCCGUAGUCUGACUGUAGAAGUCGUUGAGUGGUUCGCAACUCAAGACAUGCACCAAUGGCUCACCUGGGAGGACAUGGCAGAAUGUUUCAUGGAGAGAUUUCGCUUUAAUGUCGAAACAGUAUCCGACCGCUACUACCUUGAAAAGGUCCAACAGAAAUUAACAGAAAACUAUAGAGAGUUCGCCAGCAGGUGGAGGGCUGAAGCAGCUCGUGUACAGCCACCAAUGUGUGAGGAAGAGCUAGUCUUCGUGUUCAUUAGGUCUCAGAAGCCUGAUUUCUAUGACAUAAUGUUGUCCAUGCCCGGGAGGUCAUUUACAGAGUUGGUCAAAAUAGGAGAGGCCAUAGAAGAUGGUCUCCAAUCCUGGAAUAUAGCUAGUGUCCUCAAUAAGACAUCUGGACAAGCUACGACAGGAAUCUUCCGCAAGAAGAAAAAGGAUGUGGCAAGAGGAAAUGUACACAGCACAGAAGACUGCAUAAAUCUCAAGCACAAAAUCCAGGAUCUGAUUGACAAAAAAGAAAUCACCUUAGAAACCGCAACUCCCAAUGUGAACACAAACCCCUUACCCAACCAUGGAAACAACGGAGUCCACAUGAUUGAGAGGGACGAGGACUGGGAUUUUGCAAAGCAUUGGUCCCUAAAGGAGUCGAAUCUCUGGAAAAAACAGUAG